AUGAAAGGUGGCUGUACUGCGGCACAGCUCCUCGGCGCGUCUGGGAGGUCUUUCUGUUCCACAGGGUCGGGCCCCGCUGCCCUGCAAGAGGUUUUCGAGGCUUCCCCGGACCCUGUCAGAGGGGGCGGGGGGGCCUCGGGCCAGGCUGGAAAGUGGACCAUCUGGGGCAAGGAGGCCUUCGACCAGAACUUCAACUGUGCGAGGGGCUUCAUUCAACAAAGCGCCGCAAACGCAGAUCUGCCGCACACCCUGCGCUCCCUGUGGCAGUGUUGGGAUGGCAAGGCCUGGGCA